AUGAUGAGGAGGAGUCAUGGUGAAAAACGUACAAUCACAUCUUUAGAUAUCAUUAACGUGCCUGCUCAUCGUCAACCCGCCGCACGUGAAGAUAUACAGAUAACACCACAAAUAACUGUUCCAGAUAUACCGGCUGGUGGUUCAAACAUGUUAUCUGAUGACGAUAUUUGUAUGCUUGCAAUGGACGCAUAUGAAAUGCUAGACGCUAAUACAGAUUCUUACACUACAACCGAUAACGGAAAACGUACUUCUUCCGCAAACACUACGUCUGCUAUCAAAGCUAAAAAGCACGUUUACUUCUUGUACAGUCUCCCGGCUUUAUCGAAAUUUCGUCUUCUGCAAAUAGAAAAGUCGUAUGGUAUUACGCAAAAAAUAUCGAAAAUAUUCAAAACUAUAUUGAAUUUUUUAAUUCGAUUAAAUCUGAAUUAGUCGAGUUACUAAAAUCACAAGCGUCUAAACAUCCGAUCAAGUUUAAUUUAAAGCUGGAAGCUACAUACAAUAUUCCAAAUGUUGAUAAUACAUCAGAGAACCGUUCAUUUAAGACCUCAGCUAGACCGAUUUUUGCCGAAACUGGUGUACGGGAAAUUGUUGAAGAAGGCAUUAUAAAAUUAAUGGCUGAACAAGACGAAUAUUCUAGCAAAGGAAGUGGUUAUACGCUACAGUGUAUUGACGGAAUAUUAUUAGGUGUUUAUCAAUAUACGCCUAUGAGCGCAUCGUCUUAUAUUCCGUU